AUGCCUCUGGAGGUGGUGGUGGAGCUGCAGAUCCGGGCGAUCUCUUGCCCAGGUGUGUUCCUGCCAAGCAAACAAGAUGUGUACCUUGGAGUCUACUUCUUGAAUCAGUACCUGGAGACAAACUGCUUCCCUCCUGUGUUCCCUAUUAUGAUUCAUCGGAACAUGAGAUUUGAAAAGGGCAUUGCUCCCAAGUUAGAGUUUUCUACAAGGACAGCCAUCAGAGAACGUGUGUGUCUGCAUAGAAACAGAUUUCUUGAGGACAGACUUAAGCCACAAAGACCCUUAUCUACGUCACCUGGACCAGUAUUCCCCCUAAACAACAUAAAGACAAAGCCCAAGGGAAAUCAUCUUGACAGGAUGCCCAGAGGCCUCCAGAGCCGGUCGCCCUCUCCGUUUCCCACCAGGCGUCUCUUCCAGGACCAGCCAGCUCCCUUGAACUUUGGAAAUAGUUUCAAAACUUCCAGAGAAAUCAAACCACCAUUUGUAGUUAGACAUGUGGAUAGUGCAAAGCCCUUUGGUGAGACUAUUUCAGAGCAUCAUUCCCGAAAGUCUAGAAGAAAAUGCAAGUUGUCAAACUUUCCGUUUCCAAUGAGAAGAGCUUCUUCUCUUGACAGUCUUGCAGCUAACGUCAAGGUUAUCAAAGAGCCAGAUGAGCGGAUUGUUUUCAGAAAUGACACACCAUCACCUUUAGAUUCAAGUAAGUUUGGAAAGCCCUCGGCCAGUUACAGUAACCAAGGGGAUGCCGAUUUCCACCGGAAAACUUCAUUUGCCAUCUCCCAGCAUUCCAGGUCACCCAGCCCGAUUCUGGAUCAGCCCCUUCUCCAAGAAAGGUUCCAUCCUAGUUUUCAGUCCACGUGGGAGAAGAUCCAUGAGAGAGUAUGCAGUCUUCUGACAUCCCACAGGGCUCAGCAGCCAAACCAAACCAAGGAAGAUCUUACCUCUGAAGUAAAUUCUAACCUUGACAGGCAAAGCUACCCUUUGAAGAAAUACCCACUGCGUGAGAAGAGCUAUUUUUAA